AUGAAAUUCGAUGCCCAGGGUGUCCACCUGUGGACUCGCCAGCGUGGUGGUGAGAGCUAUGACGAUGCUCGGGCUCUGAAGGUGGACGAUGUUGGCAAUGCCUGGGUGGCAGGCUUCACGUAUAGCUCCCUGGAUGGGCACGCCAAUGCGGGCUCGUAUGACAUCUUCCUGAUGAAAUUCGAUGCCCAGGGCGUCCACCUGUGGACUCGCCAGCGUGGUGGUGGGAGCUGGGACUAUGCUCGGGCUCUUCAGGUGGACGAUGUUGGCAAUGCCUGGGUGGCAGGCUCCACGUAUAGCUCCCUGGAUGGGCACGCCAACGCGGGCGGUGCUGACAUCUUCCUGAUGAAAUUCGAUGCCCAGGGUGUCCACCAAUGGACGCGCCAGCGCGGUGGUAAGGGCAGUGACCACGCCCGGGCUCUUCAGGCGGACGGGGUGCGACUUCGUUUUCGAAUCUUUUCCAUGGAGCAAUGCCCAGCUGACCACUUCACGCAGGUCGAUCCCACGGGCACUGAUGCUUGGAUAGCUGGCGAGACAGCAAGCUCCCUGGAUGGGCACAGCAACGCUGGCGGAACGGACAUCUUUCUGAUGAAGUUUCAAGUGACUGGGUUGAAGGUUGAGAGGCGGGUAGUCGGAGCACAUCGGAGCACCGAAGUUGGAACCAUCGGGUCAGCUUCUUCAGGCCGAGUGCAGCCAGGUAACAUGUCCAGCCGGCUACGUGCAAAAUCCCUCGAGGAGCAUCACCUGCUGCGUGCGGUACAGUACCCCAACUUCCAGCUGGACAACGUCAACGACAGUAUCAACCAGCACCAGCACACGAUCAACAACGAGAGUAUCAACCAGGACAACAUCAAGGACACUAUCAACGUCAUCGACGAAGACAUCAACCAGUAUCAGCAGACCAAGAUCCACAACGAAAUCAUCAACCAGCACAGCAUCAGUGAACAGCAAACAUCAACCACGACUGCCUCGGUCGAUGUCGAGAUCUGGGAGAAGCAAGGGAUAUCAAAUACCCAAUCGAUCGAUUUGGGCACGAACACCGCCAGCACAUCAAGUGAAGAUGAUUCGACUGGAUUGCUGGUGGCUGUGGUGGUGCUGCCAUUGCUGACGGCGUGCCUUUGUGCCUCCCUGGGCAUCUGCUGUUACCGCGCGAAGCUCCGCCAGCUGCGAGGUGCAGAGCCUCAAGUCCCAAAUCCGCUGGCGAUGCUGCCGCCCCUUGCGUGGUCUGUGAAACCUCUCAUUUUCUCAUGGAAUUCCAGGAUGACUGCGGAAUGGCCACGGGGAAAAGUUCAGAAGCUUUCGGUGAGCGAGACGGCUUUUGAAUUGAGCGGUCGCCAGUUUCAGUUUCGACCAGGGCAAGUUCAACAUUUUACCUGGGAAGAUGGAACUGUCCAGACGGAACAUUGUGUGGUGGAGCACGCAGCAUCCCCAUCCUGCUUGGCAACGCUUCAGGUGGGUUUGCACUCCAAAAUGCCAAGAAAGGUCACACACUUCGUUUCAUGGUGCUGGGCAUAUUCCUUGAAUGAUGUCGUCAGUGCCAUUGAGCGAUGGGUGCAAAAGUCCAAUGAAGAUGCACGGAACGUCUUCCUAUGGAUGUGCUUCUUCUGUAAUAACCAGUAUCGAAUCAAAGAGGAGGCGACUCAAACAGGAAGCGAUGAUCUGAAAGAAAUCUUUGAAUCCCAUCUGGUGGAAGCGGGACAUAUGUUGGUGCUGCUCGAUACCAUUGUGCAACCGACCUACGUGAAAAGGGCCUGGUGCAUUUUUGAAAGCUACGUGUGCAUCACGCAGGAGAUACCAAUGAACAUCAUACUCCCCGGCGCGGCUGAGACCUUUUUCAAGGAAACUAUGUCAGCGGGCAGGAUCAGUGUGCUGACUGACGCCGUGGAUACUCUCAAUGUUCGGCAUGCCAGGGCGGGAUCCGAAAAGGACGAGGACUUGAUCAAAAGAAUCAUCCUCACCACCACGGGUUUCGAUGCAGUGAAUUAUGCUGUGAAAUCGCGGCUCUUAGACCAGUUGACAGUUUUGUUCCGUGGCUGCAAACUUGGGUGA